GGGGUUGGGUCACGUGGCCUGUUUGGCUCCGCGUGCGCGAGCCGUUUACGCUUCAGGUGAUUUGACUCUGUUAGGUGACCACGUGAAAUGGCACCAGCUUCUGCCUUGCCGCAACCAACGGCCAAGCAGCCCAGGAAUCGCGGCAAAUACAAGACCACGACGAUGGAGAAGAAGGCCGCGAUCAUAAAGCAAGUGAAAAGUGGCCGGUCGCAAGCAGAAGUCGCCCGGGAGUUCGGCAUUUCUAAACAGACGGUGUCGGACUACAUCAAGCACCAUGUGAAGAUAGAAGCAGCAGCGGGAAAAGUGUCCACGUCCCAAAUGAAGAACUUCAGUCAAGGGAGUCACCCAGCGCUGGAAAAAGCUCUUCAUAUGUGGCUCAGUGCCACAAUAGCGAAGCGCGUCCCCGUGUCUGGAGACUUGCUGAAGCAGAAGGCAGAAACGCUUGCCCUUCGGAUGGACAUUCAUGACUUCAAGUUCAGUGACGGCUGGCUCCGUAACUUCAAGAAAAGGUACGAUCUCGCGUUCAAAAAAAUGUGUGGGGAAAGUGGUGCUGUCGAUAUGACGAUCGUGGAGAACUACAGCGACAGACUGCAGUCAUUGCUGCAGCAGUACUCGCCGGACGACAUUUUCAAUUGUGACGAGACCGGCUUAUUUUAUAAAAUGAUGCCGGACAAAACACUCGCUUUCUCUGGCGAGGCUUGCCACGGAGGAAAGCACAGCAAAGAAAGAGUAACUGUCAUGGUCGGGAGCAACAUGUCUGGCACGGAGAAGUUACCAAUUCUCGUGAUAGGAAAAUCGAACAACCCCAGGUGCUUCAAAGGUACCAAGUCAUUGCCAGUGUGGUACGAAGCAAAUCGAAAAGCAUGGAUUACGCAGCAGCUCUUCGAGGACUACGUACGAAGGCUGGAUCGGAAGUUCCACGCCCAGAAACGAGCGGUUUUGCUUUUCGUGGACAACUGCGCAGCGCACGGGCACAUACUCAAUCUGCAGGCAAUCAAGCUGGAGUUUCUUCCGCCAAACACGACUAGUGUCAUCCAACCGAUGGACCAAGGGGUCAUCCACAACCUUAAAGUGAACUAUCGGAGACGGCUGUUGAGUCGUACCCUUCUGUGUCUCGACAACGGAAAGACUUACGCGGUCAACUUAUUGUCGGCCAUGAGUAUGCUGUCGGAGGCCUGGAAAGCAGUGCCGCAGCAGACCCUUCGGAACUGCUUCCGACACGCGGGAUUUGUUGUUCGCAACGAAGAAUCUUUCAAAAGCUGCGACCCAGUGCCCGAUAUUCCCGACGCGGAAGACAUCCUGAUGGAGUUGCGCAACGGCGGCGUAGGAAUACCAGCCUCCGUGACGUUUGAGAAGUUCGUGGGCAUGGACAGCGCAGUGGAACCAUGCGCUGAACUGACAGACGACGACAUCAUUCGCGAGGUGUCCGAUGGACCCAACAGCGAGUCGGAACCGGAGGAGGAUUCAUCACAAUUUGCGGUGGUGGUGCCUUCGAACGCGGAACUGGCACGCGCGGUAGCUCUGCUUUCGUCGGUGUACAGUGAAGACACGACUCUCCGGGACAUACAAGCAGACAUUCUUGCGCAAAGAAUGAAAAACGCACGGCAGCUGCAGAUUGACAAUUUUUUUGAACCUACGAAUGAAUAA